AUGGGAUGAAUUAACUUAUCAGAUUGCAUCCUUCCAAAAUAUCUAUUGUCUAGCGAUCAAUAUACGCUUACAACCAUAUGCAGAAAUUUGAAUUAUUAUAUUGAUCCUUUUAGUGAUAAAAAUAUAGAACUAGGUACCAAAGAUUUCCCCUACCGUUCAUUCACCUUAUUAAGUUCUGAGUUGGUUAAUAUUCUUUCUAAUUCCAAUUACAAUGUGAUAAUCUACACUAAUGACGCUUACUUGAAACAUGGAGAAUUAUCUCUAAUAAAUUUGACUAGUGUGAGCCUCAAACCACUGCUUGAUUAUGCCCCAAUAUACCAAGAGGAUUUACAGAAGAAAACAUUCAAUAAACCUUUACUGAUUCCUACUCACUUUGACCAACACGGGAUCACCGAAAAAGCUCAUUUUCAUGCUCUAAAGAGCACUCAUACACAAGCUGAGAGAGUUUUAGAUGAAGGAGGUUUCACCGAUUAUGAAGUCAAUACUUUCACAUUAAAAACAGCAACUAUUAAAUCUCUCAGAACUUCUAUCGAGAUUGAUGGCAUUGAUUUCUAUAGUGAAGAAAUUGAUUAUAAUCAGCCAAAUAUACUUAUUUUUCCAAUUUAUUUCCAAAAUAGGUUGCUCAAGAUAACCAAUUGAAACUUUAAUGUAACUGGAGAAGUAGUCUCUACUCACGAUCCUUACAACGUUUAUUUAAAGAAUAUUGUUGUGGAAGGAUAUACCCUACGUCACUUCGUCUCAGAUUGGCCAGCCCAAUGAAAUUACCCAGAAGCAUUUGUACAUGCUACCUUCUUUGCUCAGAACAUUUCAUAUGUUAUUUAUAAAGAUAGGACUACGACAAAGAUCUCAGAAUUCUUAAUAUCCUCUGGACCUUCUAAUGUAACAUAUGAAGAUAUCGAUAUGGGUAAAUUUUAUAUUACUCCAGGGGAUGGAGUCUCAGCAUGCAGUGUUGGUGUUGAGUCUUCAUGAGUCCCAAAUGACGAGGGUAUUCAAACAAUAAAUUUUCAUGGGUUUAAAAGCCAAUUGGAGAACCAUAUCGCUCCCACUAACAAAUAUAUCUUAAAUGCAGUUAUGUCCUUUAUUCCUCAUUACAGAAGCUUGGUAAUGAAUUAUACAAAUUUCGAGUAUCGCGACUUCCGAAAUUACGAGCCAACUAUUCUUAUGGGUUUUAUAUGCAACCCUAUUGAUAGGAUAACUCUGAGUAAUUUUAAUGUACUAAAUGCGAGAUCUUUAAGUCAAUUUUUUGGAUUUAACUCCUUUUCCUCUCUAUCUUUAUCAAAUUUUGUGUUCCAAGAAAUCUAUGACACUCACAAGCUUUUAUAUUUAAACUUGAACAUCAAGGUGAGCUUGAGUAACAUCACGAUUCAAAAUUAUUCAACAAGUAAGAAAAGAACUGGUGGAGACAUACUCAUCAAUCCCCUUCCAGUGUCUGAGAUUAUUAUUGAUGGACUACAUUUACAAAAUUGUAGCAUCGUAACGUUUCCUUUGGUACAACUUUCAAUUCAGCCAUUGGGGUUUGUCAUUAAGAAUAGCAUUUAUGAAAACAUACUGAUGGAUGGAAGUAUUCCCCUUUUAAAGCUUGCCUCAAUAGCUUCUUUUGAGAUCUUAAACCAGACUUUAUCUGGAGUUAAAGUUAAUGAAGGCGAUGAACCAUUGAAUAGUUUCAUUGAAAUUACCCAUAUGACUCUUCUUCCAUCUUCAGUUAACUUUGUUGAUAAUAUCAGAAUGGAGGAAGCAGAUAUAUCUCUGAUUAAAUUCAGCAAAGUAGUGUCCCAAGCUGAAUCUAAAGUUCUAUCAAUAAGUAAUUUGGAUAUAUCGAGCACAAAUUUUCAAAGAUCUAGAUCAAUAUAAUUUCAACAGAAGGAUUCGAAGUUGAUGGAGAUAUCCAGCUAACAUUCCAAAAUUUCACUGUCAGAAAUAUUAGUUUUGUAACAAGUGGCCAAAUCCUUCAACUCAGCCAUCGUUUGUUAAACCCUAUUAUGGUUAAAGACUCAUUGUUCGAAAAUAUUUCAUCAGGAACCAUCAGCAUGCAAAUACUCGAUGAUUCAGAUUCAAAACCAAAAAGCAAACUCAGAAUGGAGAACUGAACAUUCAGAGGAAUACUGAACACAAUCAAGCCAUUCAUUGACUUCUCCAAGAACGGGCACUUCGAGAUUACCAAGAGCAAUUUCUCAGAAAUCACAUCCGUCAGUGAGAGUUUUGGAAUAGUCUACCUGUCUGGUAACUCGUUUGGGUCGUUUGCACACUGAGUGUUUACCAACAAUUCUGCGCUCUCAUCGACAGUUUUCAAGGUGGAGUCAAAGUCUAUGUUAGGAUGCAGCCAAUGUAGCAUUGACUCCAACUUUGCACUUAAGUAUGGAGUCUUUGAAAUCGCCUCAGGUAGUCGGAUUAUAUUGAAAAACUCUCAGAUAUAUCAAAAUUUUGCAAUUCAAAACUCGAUUGGAUCAAUCUUAGAAACGGUUGAUACAUCUGAGUUUGUAAACUGAUCGAUUUUUGAGAAUUCUGUUGUUACAAAUAACAAAGUCAUCCAGGAAGUGCAAGGGACAUGCACCGAAUUUUGAAUGAUGAGUAACGAUUUGAAAGAAUAUCUUACCCAAAACCUUGGAUUGAUAGAUAAGGAAGAGAUCUCAAUUUUUGCAAUAAGUCUGAUAUCAGGAUUACUUAAGAUUAAUCAAGGAACACAAAUUUAUAACCAGUCUUAUCUCAUGAGUUGUUUUUUAUCAGACAUUGAAAUAUCUGAUGCAUCUCUACACUCAAUAAUCUUCUCAAGAAUAUAUAUUUUUGUAAUAUCUUCUAACAUGACACUUGAGAAUAUCUCUUUCGGCUCUAUCAACAAAGUUAAUUCUGGAAUUAUUUUUGGAAUCUCUGAGGUUAUUCUGUAUGUAAAAAAUGUAACAUAUAAAGACUCUUCUGCACUCUUUCUAUUAUCUUCUUCGUCUGAAGUUCACAUCACAGCUAUAACUUUUCAGAACAUAUCUCAAGUGAAUUACUUAUUGAAUAUUGGACGAUCUGAAAAAGCUCAGUUAGAUAAUAUUAAGAUUAUUAACUGUUCUGUGGUUUUAAACUGAGUUAUUAAUAUUAGGAAUACGAAAAUUUUAAGAAUCACUAAUAUGGUUUUAUCAAACUACUCCAAAACAUUAUUUCUGGUGAGAAAUUCAAAUGUCAGCUUAAUUUCUAAUCUCCAUGUUUCUCAUUAUUAUAGAGCAAUUGAAGCCAUCAACACGAACAUCGAACUUAUCACUAAUUCCAGUUUCUCGCUUUCUGGUGCUUCAGAUCUCCUUUAUGCUGGAGCUGUAUUGCUCCAAAAUAGUAAUGCCACGCUGCUCAACACAACAUUCACGCAGAACAAAGCAAUGACAGGUGCAGCAAUUACAUCCCUUUGAUCAGACAGCACUGACUGCAAUGUUGCAAUCAACAAGUGAGCAUUUGAAAAUAACUCAGCAACUGUCAAAGGAGGAGCCAUCUAUUACGAUUACAGGCCCCCAGUGGUUGAUACUAACACUGUGUUUGCAAACAACUCAGCUCAAUAUGGCAGAGACUUCGCAAGCUACCCUGUUAUGGUUAGACUUGUUAAAGGCAACUCAUCAGACGAGAUUGUAAUUGAUAGAGUGUCACCAGGAAUUGCUAUUGAUCAGCAAAUCAGUCUCGCUUUGUAUGAUGGAAAUAGACAAGUUAUGACACUCGAUAACUCAAGUCAAAUCAACAUCAUGUCACAAACUCAGAAUUCAUCCAUCAAAGGCAUAAAUGUUAAGAGAGUAAUACAAGGAGCCGCUGAGUUUACUAGUUUGAUUGCAGUUGCUGAGCCUGGAAGUUCCAAUAUCAAAUACAGCAUUUCAUCUAAGACUAUAGACAAAGUGAAAAUUUACAAUGCAUUCAGAGACUCAGUUACUCAGCCAGGCAUCACUAUCAACUUCAGCUACUGCAAGCCUGGCCAACAAGUCAUUGAUGGCCAGUGCUACGAGUGACCAGCCGGCACUUAUUCGUUUGUUUGGAACUCUACCAAGUGUCAUCAAUGAGAAGAUAAUGCUGCCUGACUUGGCAAGCAGCAAAUGGAAGUUGCGAAAGGCUACUGGAGAAGAUCUACAAAUUCGACAGAUAUUGUGGAGUGCAUUCAAGAAGAAGCUUGUGAAGGAGGAUAUCAUCCAGAAAAUGAGCAUCCUGUAAAAUGUGCAACUGGGUAUACUGGGAAAUUAUGCUCAGAAUGUAAAAUAACAAAAGAAAAAAAGUAUCAUAAAAUCGAUUUAUUUGAAUGCCAAGUAUGUCCUGAUCCAAUAUUUAAUGCAAUUCGGGUAGUUUGACUAAUUAUUUUAUUAUUCGCUUUCUUUAUGGUUAUAAUUAUAACCAAUGUUAGGAAAACAGAAGAAAGUGAGUUUUCAAUCUUAUUAAGAAUUCUGACGAACUAUCUUCAAAUUAUCACAACUUCUAUGUCGAUGACUACAAAAUAUCCAUCAUCCCUUACUGAUACUUUCCUGCCUCUGAACCGAUUAGGUGACUCUUCGCAAACAUUUUUAUCAUUUGAUUGUUUCAUUGCUGAUUAUGAAGUCAAAGGCAUAUUCUCCUCGAAUUCAGUUCUGAAGUUAUUCCUAGUCCUUCUGCUUCCUUUGAUAAUUUUCUGCAUUGUUGCUCUGAUCUGGAUUGGGGUAAUGUUGAUCAAGAAAGACUUGGUAAAAGAUAUGAAAAGGAAUCUUACAAUAUCUUUCAUAAGCAUUCUCUUCAUAUUACAUCCAAAGCUAACAGAGUCUGGCAUUAACACUUUUAGGUGAAUUGGUAUCGAUAAGAAUACUUAUGCGGCAAGGAUAGAUACUGAUAUUGGGUGAUACUCUACAACUCAUUUAAAAUGGUGCCUACUCAUUGCUACUCCAAUUCUCUUAAUCUGGGUGGUUUCAAUUCCAGCUAUAGGCUUGAUAGUCUUAUACAAAGCUCAGAAGCAAAAUAACCACAAAAUUCUUGCGUAUUUUCUUAUUCUAUACCAAGGGCUAAAAGAUGAUAAAUUUUAUUGGGAAUUUCUUAACACUUUGAGAAAAGUGUUAAUUGUAUUAUCUUUCCUACUCCCCAAAAUAUAUAAAAUUGCAUUCCCACUGAUGAUCAUGAUAGCUAGUGAGCGACUUGAGAGAAGAUUGAAACCGUACAAAGAGGAAGAACACAACAAUAUAACCCUGCUCUCCACAAUGGCUGGAAUUAUCACUCUAGAUGCUAGUUAUGUAUAUGAUUUAGAUGAGAAAAUCAGCCACCUCAACUCAUGAAUUCUAGUUUUAGUAAUCAUAUUCAAUGCCAAGUUCAUACUAGAGUGGACUUACUUAUGUCUCAAAUUAUUCAGGAGCAAGUCAAAAGUCAUCGAAUAUAUUUUCUUAACUGUAUCUAAGCUUCUGUGCAGGAAGGUUCAAGUCGAGAAAUCUGAAGAAGAGCAAACCUCUCCUAAAGAUUUCAAGAAAGUCCUCAAAGUUCCCCAAAAGCAGAAGAGUACUAAGUCAAGAAAGAAAAGAAGAAAGAGUAAAUUUAGAAAAGCUAAGAAAAAUCAAAGGAAGAACAAGAAAUCUGAAGUACCCGUUGAAGGUGCUACAAGUAAAGUUAACGAUACAACCUUACGAGUAUUCUUAUAUUGACAUUUUAGGACUUGAUGCACAAGUCAGCAAGUAGGAUCUCGCUGGAUUGUCAAGAAAACAUUCCUCAAAGUAAUGGUCUCUCUAGUUGAAUAAUUUCUUUCUGGUGAUAUUGCUGAAUGAUAUACCUUAAUUAUUAGCUUAAGUUCGUCUGAUUCUCAGUUAACUUGAUCAAGUUUCUACCAAUUUAUCAAUAUCGAUCUAUUAUUAUUCAUUUUUAUUCGAGUUUACUUCCUUUGGUGUUCUGAUAAUUAAUCAGAAUCGCAAAACUAUUCAAUGAGCGAUUAUUAAUGACCAAUUUUGUAAUUAAGAAAUUGUUUACUUCUUUUAUACCAGUAGAAUUUUAAAAUCUAAAGGAACAAGCUAAAAAUACUGGUUAGGUAUUUCCAAGAGAUUCCUAUAAAAUAAACUAUGCACCAUAAAAUGACCAUUUGUAGAUUUUAGACUCACUGUAAAAGUUGAUAAACGAUCUGAAAGAUUGGAAUCAGAUAUAUGCAACCGUGAGUCAAAAGGGAGUUAUGAUUUCUCCCCUCAAAAUCCUCAAAACCGUUAAAGAAAGGGUCUAACGAUAAAAUAAAUAAUUAUUAUUUGUUGGUAUUUCAGCUCUC